AUGUCCAAUGAGCCAGAUCUUUCGCUACCAUUAACGGCGCCGUCAAUGGUACGUUAUCGUGAGCACACACUUAACUUACCCCCAACGGUCUUGUACACUCUCGUCGAUUUGACCGAUGCAGAACUUGAGGAGUGUCAACGCGAGUGCGAAAAUUUCACUAGGCUACAUUCCGACGAAGAAGAUGAUGAAGACGAUAAAACUGACAAAAAUAAGAACGACGAUGAUUUUAAUAAUGAUGAUGGCCCACCAGCACCAAUCAAAAAUAUCCCUCUAGGUUACUACAUUCCCAUCUAUAUCCACUCAAGUUUACUCGAAGAAGAUGUUGUUGCCAAGCUGGAGCCAGGGUUCAAACAUAAGUCGCCAGAGGACUUGGCCUGCCGCGUUCAAGCCAAACUCACGCCACCAUUUUCUACCACCAGUCCAACAUCUACUCGGGACCUCAUCCAACAGGCCAUUCUUAUUCAUCCCAAGCGCUGUUCAAAGAACAAAUGGCUGCACAAAACUCACAUCCUGGUCAUCGACACGGCGAACCCUGAUAAGAACGGCAUGCUGAUGGUUAAAUUACCGUCGUGGGACGGAAGCCACUCAGAAACGACAGGAAACACAAGCUUACGCGGCAUCGGUAAAGGAACAUUUACUACCCCUCCGCACAUCCGCAUUCCGUAUUCUUGCAACGAUGGUCUUCAGACACGUUACCUAAUCCUGGCUAACGGUGAUGCUGAUUGGCCAUUGGAGAGUGUGCGCGAGCAGCCAGUCUUCAUUGUCUUCCAGUACGACACGCAUGGCAAAGAGCUUGGCUUUUGUGCUGACUCAAUUGAUUCCGAGGCCGCCAAACGGAGCCCUGGAGAGGAGAGAUUGGUUUAUGCGCCUCAAUUUUGCCGUGAAAAGCGUUUCGUCGAGGGUCUUGAUAAGACCUUUUUCAUCUGUGUAGAUGGUGAUGAUGUGAAUAAGACAGGGUUGUUACUUGCUCGUAGAAAAUGGGAUGGGAACUUGUGGGACCGAACUCGAGAUGAACUACUCGAUCUGCCUAUCGAUGAUGUCAAGACUGUGAGGGUUCCAGUCAAAGAGGCACUUGCCAUACUAGAGAAAGGGAGGAAGGGUGAAACAGAUGGAAUGAGUGAUAGCUUGAAGGAUUUCUUCUUGUAA